CCCCCUUCGUUUUCCUUUAGAUUUGCAACCUCGCAUUUCGAAUUCUCCUUCACAUUUCGCCUUCUGUUGUCGAGAUAGUGAGGACUAUCAAUCUCGAGUCGUUCGGUGCAUUUGAGCAUCACUUAGCUUGUGCCUUUUCCCCAAUGGAUAGAAUCAACAGAAUGGUGCUGGAGAGGCCGGUGGUGAUCUUCAGCCGGAGCUCCUGCUGCAUGUGCCACACCGUCAAGAUGCUCUUCCGCGAGUUCGGGGUCAACCCGGUGGUUCACGAGCUGGACGAGAUCCCCAGGGGGCAGGAGAUAGAGCAGGCCCUCUCCAGGCUGGGUCGCAGCCCUACCGUGCCCGCUGUGUUCAUCGGCGGUGAGCUGGUGGGGGGGAUCAACGAGGUCACGAGUCUCCACCUCAACCGGUCCUUAACCACCUGCCGCACGCAGGCUAACAAUAAGCGCGAUUUCGAGCCACAAGAGUUUUGAGGACCACUAGUUGUUCUACUAGCUGGUUUUGCGACCCUUUUUAUCUUCGCUAUGUACUAACUUCCAUAUGAUCUUAUCCUAAUUAAAUCACCUGUGAGCUCAUGUUUUGCUGUAACGAGUUCUCUUUAGCCAAUAAAAUCGAGUUUAAAGUUACUUUAUGGAUGACUAUUUAAGUCUCCCUAGCGAGAUGAUGUAAU